UUGUACGAUCCUACGUGACUUUCCUACGCCGUACAAAACUUAGAUGAAGUCCGCAAUUUCGAUUUUAUGAUGUCCCUGACCUCUAGCCAUCGCAUUCACUCAAAUGGCGUGGGAUAUUUCAACAUCCCAAGAUGUUGAAGCGGGAACCAUACCCGUCCGCGGAGAAGAGCAGCCUUUGGGGGAGAAGAAGGUCGUACUAGAGGAUGAGAAAACCGAAACCCUGGUCGACUGGGACGGUGAGGAUGAUCCGGAAAAUCCUCAGAACUGGUCGACCAUGUUCAAGUCCUGGGUGACCUUACAGCUGAGUUUGCUGGCGUUCUCGGCCAGCCUGGCUUCCAGCAUUAUUGCCCCGGCCAAUCGCACCAUAGCUGAAUACGUCGGCGUGGGCGAGGAGGUGGUUGUUCUCAAUGUCUCCCUCUACAUCGUUGGCUUCGCUUUUGGGCCCUUGAUUUGGGGUCCUUCCAGCGAAGUCUGGGGCCGGCGAUGGUCCAUGUUGCCUGCAAUGGCAUGUCUAGCCUGCUUCUCAAUCGGCACGGCCGUGAGCCAGAACGCCCAGUCAGUCUUCAUCAACCGGUUCUUCAGCGGCUUCUUUGGUUCCGCUGCUGUCAGCAACGUCAACGCCGCCCUGGGCGACAUUUGGUCUCGAGAGGCUCGCGGCACUGCUGUCUGCAUGUAUGGCAUGUGCGUCGUAGGAGGCCCAACUCUCGGCCCAACAAUCGGCGCCGCCAUCCUCGUCAAUCCACAUAUGGGCUGGCGAUGGACCGAAUAUACCACGGCCAUGCUCAAUUUUGCCAUUGUCGCGCUGACGUACUUCUGCAUGCCCGAGAUGUACCCGCCGGUGCUUUUGAAAUGGAAGGCUCAGCGACUACGACGCCAGACCGGCAACAGUUCUUACUACCACCCUCACGAAAGGAUCAAGGUCGACCUCAAGUCCAUCAUCACUAAGCAGCUGUCGCGACCGCUGAUGAUGCUCGUGACAGAACCAAUGGUCACCUGCAUCGCCUUCUACGCGUCUUUUGUCUAUGCAAUCCUCUACAUGACCCUUCAAGUGUUCCCCAUCAUCUUUGAGGAGCAGCGAAAGUGGUCACCUGUUGUCGGCUCGCUACCCUUUCUCGGCAUGUUCGUGGGGAUAGUCUGCGCCACCGGUGUCAAUCUUGGGAAUCAGCCUCGAUACAUCCGAAAGUGCCGCGCCUCGAAUGGAAGACCGGUCCCUGAAGCAAGACUCCCGCCCCUGGCAAUCGGUGCUGUCAUGAUGGUGAUCGGUCUAUUCUGGUUUGGAUGGACCGCCGCUCCCAAUCACCCAUGGCCGCUUCCUGUCGUUGCUGCCAUGUUUAUUGGCGGCGGGUUCAACGUCAUCUUUCAGCAAUGCAUCAACUAUCUAGUCGACGUGUACGGCCUCUAUGCGGCCAGUGCCACAGCCGCCAACACCUUUCUGCGCAGCAUCCUUGCCGCAGGUCUUCCUCUUGCGGCGCGACCCCUGUAUCGUUCAAUUGGAGUCGGCCCUGCAACGUCGAUUCUCGGGGCUGUGGCUUCUAUGAUGCUCCCGGUGCCGUUUAUCUUCAUGAAGUAUGGCCUCAUUCUCCGGAAGAAAUCGAACUUUGCACCCGUGCCAGAUGGUUGA